GUGAGAGAAUAUAUGAGGGUAUGUGUUUUGAAUAGGAAUGGUGACUUCAGUGAGAACAAGCACACCUCUGAAAAGCUACAACGUAUACACGAUCAAUGGUUCCGGAGCGCGCUCAAGCAGAUGUUUACAAAGUCGCCACUUCUUGAAUGUUUCUGCGCAUGUCCUUGUGUACGGUUACUAUGACAACAACAGUUGAUGUAAAGUAGAGUUAAGCCACGUGCUGUUUGUCGAAGAGGAUAUCUUAAUUUGCACAGAAAAUUAGCCACAGAAAUAAAAUCUGAUAAUAACAAUGGACCCCGUUCUUCUUCAUGGAGAGGCUGAGGGUUACGUCAAAAGCCUGGAAAAACUGCCUUUGAAGGAUGUCGGCUCUCCAAGGUGGUUUCGCCAGCACGAAUAUAUUGAGAAACUAAAUAUGCAGGCUAUUCUGAAUGCCUCUGCCACUCAAGAGGAAUUCGUCCAAGAGCUUUUUGUGUCAUUCGGAAAGAUCCCCACGCUGGUGCAUGAGAUGAUUCUCAUUGAGGUUUGGAAGCAGAACGUUUUCCCCAUCCUCUGUCAGCUACAGGACUUCACGCCCAAAGGCACAUUUCCUUUGUACAUGGUGAUCCAUCAUGAAGCCACAGUCAUAAACCUUCUGGAGACGAUCAUGUUCCACCAGGACUGUUGUGAAUCGGCAGAGGAAGCCAUUCUGGACCUGGUGGAUUACUGCCACCGCAAACUCACUCUUCUCGCAGGGAAAUCUGCUCGCGGAGGAACCCCCACUGGAGACCGCAUCACCCAUACUCCUGAUGCAAACCAGUCCUCUCUACAGGAGUUGCAGAAUCAGAGUGCCAGCCUCGAAUUUGACAUCUCCCUUAAGGCGCUGUCUGUGUUACGCUACAUCACUGGACAUGUGGAGAGCUUGAGUGUGAGCGUGCUCAGUAGACUCCUGCGUACCCACAACAUGCCCUGUGUGCUGGUGCAGCUGGUGCAGUAUUGCCCCUGGAGCCGCUACACUGCAGGGAAAGUGGAGAAGUACACGGAUGGGAAGUGGCAGGUGGUGGCCCCUCACGACCAGGUGAAGAUGACCCAGCAGGACGGGCAGCUGUGGAUCGCCAUGCUCAACCUCCUGCUCAAGCCCGAGUGCCAGGGCAAAUACGACUACAACAACUUCAACAAGAGCCAGCUCCACAAGCUGCAAGGCUUCCUGACAGAAGUGCUGAUUGACCAGUUACCUGUCCUGGGGGAACUCCAGCGCUUUCUCAGCCAGCUGGCGCUCACUGACCCGGCACCCCCAAAGAAAGACCUUAUUCUGGAGCAGAUCCCAGAGAUGUGGAGCAACAUUAUGGAUGCAAAUUCAGGGAAGUGGAAAGCCAUCGCCAAGCAUCAGGUUAAGACAGCCUUUAACCCCUCGGAGAGUGACCUGCGAGAACAGGCCCAAAGGUUGUCCCAGACUUAUAACUUGGAUCUUCUGGAGAGUCUGAUUCCAGAGAAGCCCAAGUGUGGCUCGUGUGGUGCUGAGGCAACCAAGCGCUGCUCCCGCUGUCAGGGUGAAUGGUACUGCAACAGAGAGUGUCAGGUGAAGAACUGGCCUAAACACAAGCCUGCGUGCGAGUUGAUGGCUGAAGCCACAGAGAAACUGCAGAAAGAGCUCAACAUCAGUGCCUGAGAUGGGCCAUUGCCCUGAGGAGAAGACAAUGAGAGGGGAAGGCCACUCCAUCACAGACAAGGCCAAGGAGGUGUGGAACCAUCUAACUGUGAAUCUUAUGAACUCUUACCACCUCAUGCACCUGGAGGCAACUGCUUGAGUAUAGAGAAGAAGAUUUACAUUUGUCCAAUAAAGACAUUUCUAUUCUGUAGACUGCAAGUUUGCAUUUCAAACGAAAUGUCAUCCAUGCAAACUGUGCAUGUCUUUGUUUCCCCCCGGACCCAUCACUGCUAAGCUUUAUCAGCAGGUUUUGAGGCUCUUACUCCCUGAGCCUUGAUGAGGGAGAGCCUUGAUGACAGGCCAAUAUGUCUGUCAGUUCUUGUCAAACGCCUUGGACCUCAGAGGAGGUGGGAGCUGUUGGGGACUUGAUACUUCUCUUAGGAGCUGUAAACAGAGAUGAUGUGGAUUCAGUGGUUAAUGAAACUCUCAGGACAGCUGAUGAAAGAUUUCCUCUGUUAAUUACAGAUAUUGUAUUGUAUUUGUGUUUUGUCUGUUGUGUUGCACCAUAGUACAUUAAACAAACCAUCAUAAAAAAAAAAAAAAA